AUGGUAAUGGGCGGCGGCGGUGGAGGAUCUUCUCGAGGCGGCCCCAGCAUCUUUGGCGGCUCUCCACCGCAUCAACAACAGCUACAGCCGCCGAGCAUUCGCGACUACGGCGCACUGGACAACAUGGACCAGCACGGCGGGCUGAUGAUGAGCAACAACGGCAUGGGAGCGCAUGGCAAUGCUCACUCAUCCUCUUCACACUCCUCCUCCCACAAGAUCAAGAAGGUCAUCUCCUGUACGGAGCUGAAGGGCCUCUCCAAGGGGCAGACGCAGCUGUGCAACCUCUACCAGGACCACAUACCGCACAUUGGCCUCGGGGCCCGGCUGGGCAUCAACGAGUGCCAGUACCAGUUCAAGAGCCAGCGCUGGAACUGCUCCACUGUCGAUGACUCCUCCGUUUUUGGGCACGUCCUCAACAUUGCAAGCCGAGAAUCGGCUUUUGCCCACGCCAUCUCCGCCGCCGGCGUAGUGUACGCCAUUGCACGGGCCUGUCGUGAUGGCCAGCUGACCCACUGUGGCUGCAGCCGUGACGCCCGACCCAAGUCGCUGAACCGAGAGUGGACCUGGGGCGGCUGUGGCGACAACAUCGACUACGGCUACCGCUUUAGCAAGUCCUUCAUUGACGUGCGUGAAAAGGAGGCAGGCGCCAAGGUCGGCAAGAGCAGUCGAGAGAAUGCCCGAAAGCUGAUGAACCUCCACAACAAUGAGGCUGGCAGAAGGGCGGUAAUGCGCAAGACCCGCGCCACUUGCAAAUGCCACGGCGUCAGUGGCUCCUGCUCGCUGGUCACCUGCUGGCAACAGUUGCUCAGCUUCAGAGAGGUGGGCGACUUUUUGAAGGACAAGUACGACGGUGCGACGGAGGUGCGCCUGAGCAAGCGUUCAAAGCUGCAGGUGAAACGGUACGAGCAGAAGAGGCCCACCAGUGAGGACCUGCUGUACCUGGACGACUCGCCCAACUACUGCGACGCCAGCAACCACACCGGCACCACGGGAACCUCGGGUCGGGCCUGCAAUCGCACCUCCAGCGGCACUGACGGUUGCAAUCUCAUGUGCUGCGGCCGAGGCUACAACACCCAAAGAGUGACCGUAAAAGAGCGCUGCCACUGCAAGUUCCACUGGUGCUGCUACGUCGAGUGCAAGACCUGCACCCGAACCAACGAGGUGUACUCGUGCAAGUGA